AUAUCCCAGAUUGGCUCCGUUUAUAUUCUCGUGCUCCAUAUGAAUUAGAUCAUUUGCUGGAGUGGCCGUUAUUCCGCCUACCCCAACUGGAGCAGUAUGAUAGUCAGUUGAUGAAGUUAUACAAGCAAGAAGGUAUUGAUAUUGCAAUCAAAUAUGAACGUUUUCGGCGUGAAAUCAAUCGUGAAAUUGCACGGCGACAACAAAAAUUUUUGGCGUCUGCUAAUGUACAGCAGUAA